AUGGUUUCUCAAGACCAAAGUAAGGACUCUGGCUCGAAAAAAAAUGGAGGUAAGGAGCUUAGAAUGGUAAAUCCUCAAGACAAGUCCUUGAAGAAGAUGAAGUUUGUUUCAUCUGCUGAGACAGAACCAAGCAGCCCGACAACAUAUUCUGAGGAUUCAAAGUCAGGUCGAGGUAUAAGCACAAUGCCUCGUGUUGUGAAGAGAAAAUAUCAGAAAAUCAAGCCAGUUGUUGAGUACAAUAAAAGGGGGAAAGGAUUUGGCCCUGCACAUACUGAGAUGCAGUCCUACAUUGGUGUGUUGGCACACUCCAGAGUCUCACUUGUGGACAAGAAAUGGGCUGAAACCCCAAGGGUCAAGGGGGCAAGAACCAAGGCAUCAUAUCCUUCCAUUCAUCAAGGAGAAGGAGAAAUUAAGCCAACCCCCAUAACUAUAUAA